GUUGUAAUCUGAGUGUUUCUUGUAAUGAUUCUCGUUAACAGAGCCGUUUCUACAACCCUUGACAACGCCGCUUGGUUUUCUCGAAUCAUGAAUCGCAAAAUCCAAGCAACCGUCUCUUCUUCUAAACCCAACUCUGUGAGAAUCCAACAUCCUCGCUCGGAAGUAGAUUCAAACCCAGCCAACGGAGCUUCUCGGUCGUCGGAGACUCUAGUAUACACCCGUAAGAAAAGGCUAAAACACGAAGCUUUAGAAGAGCCUCCCAAGAAAGAAGCCCUAUGUGGAUUGCCUGAUAUAGAAGAAUUUGCUUUCAAAAAGAAUACUUCAUCUUCAUCCAGGAGGUCAACGGAAACUAACAUCACUGCAAGUUCAGCCAAAACAGCAGAUUUGACAGGGAGGUCAACGGAAACUAUAAUCGCUGCAACUUCAGCCAAAACAGCUGGAAACCCGCCUGAAAACUGGGAACAAGUGCUCGAGGGCAUUCGUCAAAUGAGAUCAUCUGGAGAUGCACCAGUUGAUUCUAUGGGUUGUGAUAAAGCUGGAAGCUUUCUUCCUCCUUCGGAAAGAAGAUUUGCUGUCUUGUUAGGAGCACUUCUUUCUAGUCAGACAAAAGAUCAAGUUAAUAAUGCUGCAAUACACCGUCUUCAUCAAAACGGCCUUCUCACUCCCGAAGCCAUCGACAAAGCUGAUGAAUCAACCAUAAGAGAACUGAUAUAUCCGGUUGGAUUUUAUACAAGGAAGGCUACCUACAUGAAAAAAAUAGCUAAGAUAUGUCUAGAGAAAUAUAACGGAGACAUCCCAAGCUCUUUGGACGAUCUACUUGCGCUUCCAGGGAUCGGUCCCAAGAUGGCACAUUUGAUUCUGCAUAUAGCAUGGAAUGAUGUUCAAGGUAUCUGUGUAGAUACACAUGUCCAUCGCAUCUGCAAUCGACUUGGUUGGGUGUCUCGACCAGGAACCAAACAGAAAACUUCGUCUCCAGAGGAAACAAGAGUAGCUUUGCAACAAUGGCUUCCAAAGGAAGAAUGGGUUGCCAUUAACCCGCUUCUGGUGGGAUUUGGACAAAUGAUUUGCACACCGCUUAGACCUCGUUGCGAAGCCUGCAGUGUGGCUAAGCUUUGUCCUGCUGCUUUCAAAGAGUCAUCAAGUCCGUCAUCCAAGUUGAAGAAAUCUAAGUAAAGCAAUGAACUAUGAUCCAAAGUUAGGGGAACAUAUAAGCUAAUUUGACUUUUAUUGACUUCUCAUCCGCUUAAGGGUCAUGGGAACGAGCCCUUAUCCAUCCACUGGUUUUCUUUUGUUUUAAUUAAUCUUGGGCUGGCUAUUUUCUCUUGUAUAUAUGAUGGUAUUCAUCUUCUCCAGAAAAACAUCGAUUCUCAUGUUCUUGUUUCAUAUACUCUGGAGCAAUGUUUUUUUUUUCUUUUCUUUUGAAACUCUUUUCUACUUAUAAGUAUGUAACUUGGUGAUCCCUAUGUAGUCGACCUGGUUUGUUUGUCUCUCUUGAGUAGGAACCAAACAAGCUCGCCUGAAUUGGUUUAAAAUCAGGAAGCAACUAGAAUAAAAU